AUGGACCAGAUGCUCAAGGAUCAAUAUCGAGAUGAGCCGCUGUUAGCGGAGGAGGCGGUUCGUAUCCUCGUCUUGGAACCCGCUGAUGAUUUCAGGUCACCUCUAUGCUGCUCCAUCACUCGACGCCGGCGGACAAUCGACGCCCUUGCUGCCGACGGUUGCAACUAUUCAGCCGUCUCUUACACAUACUACGACUAUUACCUGAAGUUUCGAGUAUUUGAGAAGAAGUUGCGGAUCAUCUGCGACCCCUUGUACUUCCAAUACUCUGGGGUGGCGGACCUGGUCAUCCGCCCCUCCACAUCAAGAAAGUUCUGGUAG